UCGGUCGGGAGCUCGGCUCUGCCGCGUUUGCGCAGAAAGGUGCGUUAAGAUGGAAGUUGGUGGAGUCGACGGCUGUAUGGCUGUAUGGUGACGGUGGUGUUUCUCUGAGAUGAAAUACACAAAACCUUUUAUUUCAGAAAUUCCAUGGAAUUAUAGUUGGUGCUACUCUGCAAUGCAACUUGAAAGCCAAAGUGAGGAGAGACAGGACAAAGAACAAGAGAGAUAUCUGCAAGCCAACAACAGAACGUUCAACACUAUUUUUGGAUAUCCUAACAAUACCAUCAAGACCUCAAAGUAUAGUAUCUUUAACUUUCUGCCCCUGAACCUAUUUGAACAGUUCCAGAGACUUGCAAAUGCGUAUUUCCUCAUUUUGCUAUUCCUACAGCUGAUCCCCGAGAUCUCCUCUUUGCAAUGGUACACAACUGUGAUACCCCUGAUGGUGGUGUUGUCCAUAACAGGAGUGAAAGAUGCUGCCGAUGACGUGAAAAGGCACCAAAGUGACAAACAAGUCAACAACCGUCCUGUUUGGAUACUGGAGAAUGGCAAGGUAAAGGAGGACAAAUGGAUGAAUGUCCAAGUGGGAGAUAUAGUAAAACUAGAAAACAAUCAGCCAGUCACGGCAGAUAUACUGUUACUUUCAAGCAGUGAGCCCUACGGUCUGACAUUCAUAGAAACAGCAGAACUGGAUGGUGAAACCAACCUGAAAGUGAAGCAGGCCAUCUCAGUUACCAGUGAAAUGGAAGAUAACCUGAAACUUCUGGCAGCCUUUGAUGGAGAAGUGAAGUGUGAGCCACCCAAUAACAAGUUGGACAAAUUUGCAGGAAUACUGUUCUAUAAGGGGAAAAGCUACUCCCUGGACCAUGACAAGCUACUACUCCGAGGCUGCAUCAUCAGGAACACAGAUUGGUGCUAUGGCUUGGUGAUUUAUACUGGGCAAGACACCAAACUAAUGCAGAACAGUGGAAAGUACACUUUUAAACGGACACAGAUAGACCACCUCAUGAAUGUCCUUGUGCUCUGGAUUUUCCUGUUUUUAGUCAUCAUGUGUUUUGUCCUAGCAACUGGGCAUGGCAUUUGGGAGAACAAGAAAGGCUACCACUUCCAGAUUUUUAUGCCAAGGGAAAAAUAUAUCUCUUCAUCUGCUGUCUCUUCCUUCCUCAUAUUCUGGUCCUAUAUCAUUAUUCUCAACACCAUGGUGCCCAUUUCCCUCUAUGUCAGUGUUGAAAUAAUAAGAUUGGGCAAUAGUUUCUAUAUUAACUGGGAUCAGAAGAUGUUUUAUGCGCCAAAAAAUACACCAGCACAGGCUCGCACCACCACCCUUAAUGAGGAACUUGGCCAGGUCAAAUAUGUGUUCUCUGACAAAACAGGGACGCUGACCCAGAACAUCAUGAUUUUCAACAAAUGUUCUAUCAACGGGACGCUCUAUGGUGCUAGCUGUAACAAGGAUGAAAAGAAGAGAAAGGUUGACUUCUCCUACAACAAACUGGCUGAUCCUCAGUUUUUAUUUUAUGACAAGACUUUGGUGGAAGCAGUGAAAAAAGGAGAUCACUGGGUACACUUGUUUUUCCUGUCACUUUCAUUGUGUCAUACCGUGAUGUCAGAAGAGAAAGAGGAAGGUAAGCUGGUAUACCAGGCGCAGUCUCCAGAUGAAGGUGCCCUGGUCACUGCUGCCAGGAACUUUGGCUUCGUGUUCCGUUCCCGCACAUCUGAGACGAUCACGGUGGUCAAAAUGGGGGAAACCAAAGUCUAUCGACUGCUGGCUAUUUUGGACUUCAACAGUGUGCGCAAGAGGAUGUCUGUUAUUGUGCGGACACCUGAAGAUCAGGUAAUGUUGUUCUGCAAAGGUGCCGACACCAUCAUCUGUGAACUGCUUCAUCCAUCCUGUAGAUCCCUCAAUGAAGUUACCAUGGAACAUCUAGAUGAUUUUGCUUCUGAAGGCCUUCGCACUCUCAUGGUGGCCUAUCGAGAGCUGGAUGAUGGAUUCUUUCGGGCCUGGAGCAAGAAACACAGUGAAGCCUGUCUAUCUGUGGAGAAUCGGGAAGAUAAAUUAUCAGAUGUCUAUGAAGAGAUCGAAAAAGACUUGAUGCUGCUAGGGGCCACAGCCAUAGAAGACAAGCUGCAAGAUGGAGUACCUGAGACAAUCAUCACUCUGAACAAAGCAAAAAUCAAAAUAUGGGUUUUAACUGGAGAUAAGCAAGAGACUGCUGUGAACAUUGCAUACUCCUCUCAUAUAUUUGAGGAUGAAAUGGAUGGAGUAUUUGUGGUCGAAGGCAAAGAUGUGGAGACUAUUCAGAAAGAACUCAGGACAGCAAGGAACAAGAUGAAACCUGAGUCUCUACUGGAAUCAGACUCAGUAAACACUUACGUCACCAUGAAGCCCAACAUGUCCUUCAAAUUACCUGAGGAGGUGCCCAAUGGCAACUAUGGCUUGGUCAUCAAUGGCUACAGUCUGGCCUGUGCUCUAGAAGGGAACCUGGAGUUGGAACUGCUGCGAACGGCAUGCAUGUGCAAGGGGGUGGUCUGCUGCCGGAUGACACCCCUUCAGAAGGCCCAGGUGGUAGAGCUAGUGAAGAGGUACAAGAAGGUGGUGACACUAGCCAUCGGAGAUGGAGCCAAUGACGUCAGCAUGAUCAAAGUUGCCCACAUUGGGGUUGGCAUCAGCGGCCAGGAGGGGAUGCAGGCCAUGCUCAACAGUGACUUCGCCUUCUGCCAGUUCUGCUAUCUUCAGCGUCUACUCUUGGUUCAUGGCCGUUGGUCUUAUAAUCGCAUGUGCAAGUUUCUCAGCUACUUCUUUUACAAGAACUUUGCCUUCACCAUAGUACACUUCUGGUAUGCCUUCUUCAAUGGCUUCUCUGCACAGACAGUUUAUGAUAACUGGUUUAUCGCCUGUUACAAUAUGAUCUACACCUCUCUCCCUGUCCUGGGCAUGAGUCUGUUUGAUCAGGAUGUGAAUGAAACAUGGAGCCUUCGUUUCCCAGAGCUUUAUGAACCAGGCCAGCACAACCUCUAUUUCAACAAGAAAGAAUUUGUGAAGUGUUUAAUGCAUGGGAUCUACAGUUCCUUCGUGCUGUUCUUUGUCCCCAUGGCGAUCAUUUACAACUCAGAGCGUGGUGAUGGGAAGGACAUCUCCGACUACCAGUCCUUCUCUCUGAUAGUGCAGACCUCCUUGAUCUCAGUGGUCACAAUGCAGAUUGCCUUGAAGAUAACCUACUGGACGGUGAUAAGCCACUUCUUUAUCUGGGGUAGCCUGACUUUCUACUUUUGCAUCUUAUUCCUCCUGUACAGUGAUGGCUUGUGCCUAGUAUUCCCCAACAUCUUCCAGUUCCUAGGUGUAGCCAGGAACACUAUGAACCAGCCACAGAUGUGGCUGAGCAUUAUCCUCAGCAUAAUCUUCUGUGUUUUGCCUGUGAUAGGGCACCAGUUUCUCAAACCGCUAUGCUGGCCCAUCAGCGUGGACAAGAUUUUUGACAGAAUUCAUUGCAUGAAACAUCCACAGCCACUCCCCAUCCAGGCUAAGCUGAAGCAUGCAAGUGCUCGACGAUCUGCCUAUGCAUUCUCCCACAAACAAGGCUUUGGGGCCCUCAUCACAUCUGGCAAGACGACCAAGGCGCUCAAAAAAACUAGCUUUCCUUUUAAAAAGUAGAAGUCUUUAGGGAAAUCCCAAAGGAGUCCAUCAUUGCUCUUUCUCCCUUGUAUUUACGUAAUUUAUUAAACAGGGACUAGGGUCCCUGGGCAAUCAGCAUAAACCUGCCCCUCUGCUGUCACCAUAGGGGCUCAGUCUCUUCGUUCCCCGGCAGGCUGUGCCCAAGUAAGACAAGGAAAAGUAGGAGAGAGCAUCCAGACUACCUGCCAGAGUGGCAACAUUUCAAGAAAAUGCAACUUCUUGCUUCUCCUCUUCCAUCCCUUCCAAGUUUUCCUCCCAGAUAAAGCAAAGGCGCAAGUAAGGAGUGAAAAGAGACAGUGUGGGUAAGGGAAAAGAAAUAAGACCUAAGAAUCAUACUUUGGGCUCUAUUUCCCCAAACAAGAGCAACCAUAAACUUUCCAAGAACCCCACGCGUAUUCUGACCCAGGCACCCUUCCUGGGUUUAUCUGGGAGAUUCAGAGUGAGUCUCUUCUCGGCCCUGGGUAACAAACCAAGGAGGCAGCUGUGAAGAGUUCUUAAACUGAAGGAGUUUCUGGACCAAAUGGAAAACAAACAAACAAACAAAAAGGCAGCAGUUCCUGAUUAGAUUGGACAACUGAAGGUUUUGCCUUCUUCCCCUUCCUUUGACCCCUUUGACCCAAGAACUGACACCUAUUCAGGCCUCAGAACAGGGAGGGGUAAACUGUAAGAGAUUCGUUAAAACAUCUUUUCAUAAAGGGAUGCAAGCCACAGUUGUUGAGCAUUUGCCUUCACUUUGUAAAAUUAUUUUGAGAAAAAAAAUUGUAUGUACUUGGAAAAUUAUUUCUCAGAAGUUUAUGGAACAAUAAAUU